AUGUCUGGACGAGAAUCUGCGCAGUCGUCCCGGCGGUCGCACCGGUCAACCCUUUCUUUACAAAAGACAGAGGUCAGAAUCAAUGUGUACGACCUGCUUCCACCUGGAAAAAUGGCGUCAGUUCUCUGGACCAUGGGGACGGCACUUCUGCAUUCAGGUGUGGUGAUCAACGGGAGGGAGUACGCAUAUGGCGGCCACGAUCGGCCCGGUCUCUCCGGCGUGUAUUGGACGAAACCCGGGCAGGUGCCCCCGGUGCCACCUUUCGAAGCGAGAUCAUUCACGGAUUCACUUUGCAGCGGCGCCCGAGAUUGA